CUCGACACUCCAUUUUUAUUUUUAUUUUAGAAACUAGAGAGUAUGGGCCCCAUCUCAUUACCACCAACAAUAAAACGAACAAACAUCUUUCCCACCCGAUCUGUUUCCAAAUAAACGCACAAAUUCAGCCAAUCCAAUACGCAUGGGUAUGGCUCCUUCAUCCUCCUACCUCUUCCUCUUCCUCUUCCUCUUGCUGUCAAUCGCCGCAAAUGCGAAUGCGGUUGACAGCACAGAUAGCAAUAUUAGUAUCACCACAGACCCAAAACCAACACCAUGGCCCGAGCAAUUCCACUCAUUGUUAAUAAUGAACAACACGAAAACCAAUGAGGUACAAGUAGCCCAUUUAUGGUAUGACUGGCCCAAUCGCCGCAAUAUACACCUAAUCCAAUACCAACUAGGAAAGCUUCUUUACGACGUCGAAUGGAGUAAUGGCACCUCUUACUUCUACACUCUUCAUCCUGACAUCCCUGAGUGCCGUACGGCCCAUCUUGAAGUCGGUAUUCUUCGGCCCAAUUGGCUUUAUGGGGCCACUUAUUUGGGCCAGCAACAUGUUGAUGGGUUUUUAUGUAAUGUUUGGACCAAGGCUGAGUUUAUCUGGUAUUACGAGGAUGUUGUCACACGCAGGCCUGUUCAUUGGGUUUUUUACACUGGAAGAGCAGUAAAUGUGAUGACAUUUGAUGUGGGUGCAGUGUUGGAAGAUUCCAAGUGGCAGGCUCCCAUUUACUGCUUUGACAAGGACACUGUGGAGAGCCAAACUGUUGGACACCCGCAGGCAAGCCUGAGAUCUUCCCUGCCACUGAGCUCUAUGUGAUCCUUUUCCUCACAUUUCUUGUGGUGCUGCUUCUGCUUUCUCAUCUGUAUUCUCUGUUGUUUCACCUUCAAGACUUGUGUUUCUUGUAAAUGCUUCUGAAUUUACAAUAUAUGCUUCUCGAAUUCUGCUGGGUGAUCUAAUAAGCACCUGCUUGAUUCUCUGUAAUUUCUUUACUAAGGUGCUAAGCUUGCAUAUUGCUGCCUGUAUGCUGAAUCUGUUUUUUCA